AUUUCCUCCCUCUCUCUGUCUUUCCCUCCCAAGUCCCACCUCAGCGAUUCCCAGAUGGAUGAAUUGCAAAGGAAAAUGGAGCCAAACUUGGAGCAGACACUGCAAGAGGGAAAGCUCUAUCGCCAGAUCAAUGCCUUAAUCGUUGCCUAUCUUCGCGACUACAAUCUCACUCAGGCUGCAAGUGCGGUUGCUUCGGCGACAAUGACGCCGUUGAAUGUGGAUACUCCUCCCUAUAAGCUUAUUGAUUUGGUUGCUAAGGGCCUUGCAGUGGAGAAAGAUGAGAUGUUAAAAGGAGGGGUUCCUUCCGCUGCAUUUCUUGAUUCAGGUGCGGUCAUGCCUGUGACAUAUGGUUCAAUCCCAGCUCCUCGAACUGUGGCCGUUGAUUUUGGUGCUGUGCAUGAUACAAAAGGCUCAUCAAAGAGUUUUCCAAAGCAUGAGACUCGGCAUGUUUCAGAGCACAAGAACUUAGCCAGAUGUGCAAGGUUUAGUCUUGAUGGGAGGUUUGUGGCAACUGGGAGUGCAGACAUGUCAAUUAAGCUUUUUGAGAUUUCAAAAAUUAAGCAAAUGAUGUUGCCGGAUGCCAAUACAAGGGAUGGUCCAGUGCGACCUGUCAUACGAACAUUUUAUGACCAUAUACAGCCAAUCAAUGAUCUGGAUUUCCAUCCUCAAAGUACUGUACUGAUAUCUGGGGCCAAGGAUCACACCAUAAAGUUCUUUGAUUUUUCAAAAACAGUAGCAAAGAGGGCAUUCAGGGUUAUCCAGGAUACUCACAAUGUGCGGUCUGUAUCUUUUCAUCCUUCUGGGGAUUUUCUUUUGGCAGGGACUGAUCAUCCAGUUGCACACUUGUAUGAUGUCAACACUUUUCAGUGUUACCUAUCAGCAAAUGUCCAAGAUUUAGGUAUUAGUGCAUCCAUAAAUCAGGUGAGGUAUUCAUCUAAUGGUGACAUGUAUGUGACAGCUUCCAAAGAUGGUGCUAUUCGGUUAUGGGAUGGAGUGACUGCAAAUUGUGUGCGAUCUAUAGUUGGUGCACAUGGAACAGCAGAGGCCACCAGUGCAAGUUUUACAAAGGAUCAAAGGUUUGUUCUCUCUUGUGGAAAGGAUUCUUCUGUGAAGCUUUGGGAAAUCGGCUCUGGAAAGUUGGUCAAGCAAUAUCUUGGAGCUGCACAUACACAGCUACGGUGUCAGGCUGUUUUCAAUGAAACUGAGGAAUUUGUACUAUCCAUAGAUGAACAAAGCAAUGAAAUUGUUGUCUGGGAUGCUCUGACGGCAGAGAUAGUGGCAAGGUUGCCUUCCAACCAUAUUGGUGCGCCCCGUUGGCUUGAGCACUCACCAACAGAGGCUGCUUUUGUUUCCUGUGGAACCGAUAGGUCAGUUCGGUUUUGGAAGGAAAUUCUCUAGGUAUUUGAAAAAGGGAUUUGCCACCUCAAUAUCAGAAUCUGGGACCAAAGAGGGAAAUGGAAAUGUUGUUCCCUUGGGAGUAUACUUUUAUUUUUACUGUCCUUGGGGUUGUAAUUUAUACAUGCAUUCUGCUGGUAGAGCAUUAAAUGUUGAGGGGAAUGUCCCCAAAAAGAUUGUGAACCAAAAAUGACUUUCACGGAGCAAAUGGCCCCCUUUUUCCAUGCACA